AUGAGUUCCUUAAAACAAUUCAUCCGCAACGUGCGUGCGGCGAAGACGAUUGCGGACGAGCGAGCGGUCAUCCAGAAAGAGAGCGCCGCGAUCAGAGCCAGCUUCCGCGAAGAAGGCCACGACCACAGCAUACGCCGUAAUAAUGUCGCGAAACUGCUCUACCUCUUCACCUUGGGCGAGCGAACUCACUUCGGCCAAGUCGAAUGCUUGAAGCUCCUUGCGUCUCCGCGAUUUGCGGAUAAGCGUCUUGGCCAUCUUGCUACCAGCUUGCUGCUCGAUGAGAAACAGGAGGUCUUGACUCUGGUGACCAACUCUCUGAAGAAUGACUUGGGCCACUCUAACCAAUACGUUGUCGGUCUCGCCCUCUGCACUCUCGGAAAUAUCGCGUCUGAUGAAAUGUCGAGGGAUCUGUUCCCAGAGAUUGAGAAUUUGAUCUCAACCGCAAACCCAUAUAUCAGGAGAAAGGCUGCGCUCUGUGCUAUGCGAAUAUGUCGCAAGGUGCCUGAUCUUCAGGAGCAUUUCAUCGAAAAAGCCACAGCUCUGCUCUCGGAUAGAAACCAUGGCGUCCUUCUUUGCGGACUGACCCUAGUUACGAGUCUAUGCGAGGCGGAUGAAGAAGAAGGUGGCGAAGAGGGUAUAGUUGAGAAGUUCAGGGUCCUUGUACCCGGGCUGGUUAAAACGCUAAAGGGCCUUUCGACGUCAGGAUAUGCCCCGGAACACGAUGUUACGGGCAUCACCGACCCUUUCUUGCAAGUCAAGCUUCUACGACUGCUGAGAGUGCUGGCUGUUGGCGAUGCCCAAACCAGCGAGCAAAUCAACGAUAUCUUGGCACAAGUAGCGACCAACACUGACUCAUCUAAGAACGUCGGCAACUCGAUUCUCUACGAGGCUGUGCUUACCAUUCUGGAUAUUGAGGCUGAUUCUGGCCUGAGGGUUCUCGGUGUGAAUAUUCUGGGCAAAUUCCUCACCAAUCGGGACAACAACGUUCGCUACGUGGCGCUGAACACGCUCAUCAAGGUGGUUGCUAUCGAACCUAAUGCGGUACAAAGGCACCGAAACACCAUCUUGGAAUGUCUUCGGGACCCUGAUAUCAGCAUUCGAAGAAGGGCCCUCGAUCUGAGCUUCACCCUCAUCAAUGAGUCCAACGUUCGUGUGCUCAUUAGAGAAUUGCUGGCUUUCCUGGAGGUUGCGGACAACGAAUUCAAGCCAACAAUGACUAGUCAGAUUGGAAUUGCUGCCGAUAAAUAUGCCCCGAACAAGCGAUGGCACUUUGACACCAUGCUACGCGUCUUGUCAUUAGCAGGCAACUACGUCAAAGAACAGAUUCUCUCGUCAUUUAUCCGACUCAUCGCCACCACCCAGGAGCUCCAGACGUAUGCGGUACAGAAGCUGUAUGCCAACCUCAAGAAAGAUAUUACUCAAGAAAGCUUGACCCAGGCUGGCGCUUGGUGCAUUGGCGAGUAUGGUGAUGCCCUGCUCAGGGGCGGCCAGUACGAGGAGGCAGAGCUUGUUCAGGAGGUUAAAGAGGGCGAUGUCGUCGACUUGUUCUCCCUCAUCUUAAACAGCAGCUACGCCAACCAGGUAUCCACGGAGUACAUUAUCACAGCGCUGAUGAAGCUCAGCACACGAUUCACUGAUCCCGCCCCGGUGGAAAAAAUUAGACGCAUCCUGCAAACACACCAGACUAGCUUGGAUGUUGAGGUGCAGCAGCGAGCUGUCGAGUACGGCAACCUGUUUGCGUUUGAUCAAGUUCGCCGAGGUGUGCUUGAGAAGAUGCCUCCGCCCCAGAUCAAGGAGGAGUCUAGAGUGCUGGGCCGGGCUCCUUCAAAGAAGGCCAAGAGCGCCAACAGGAAAUCCAAGAUUAUCAAACCUACCGAGCAGGACUUGCUGGAUAUCAUGGAUACCCCAGCAGCGGUGGCUGCUCCUACGAAUGGAUCCCAGGCGACAAACUCUGAUCUUCUGGCUGAUAUUCUCGGAGGCGUAUCGACAGGUUCUGCGCCUGCUUCUCCUGCUCCACAGCAGUCCAACAUUUCCUCAAUCAUGGAUCUCUUUGGCUCAGGACCUGCGGGCCAAGGCUCACCUUCACCGGCUCCUGCCUCUGCCGGUCUCGACAUCAUGUCCCCUGUCGCAUCGCCACCACCACAGCAGCCAUCUCCGGCAACUCAAGGCCAAUGGCUUCCCUGCUACAAUGCUAAUGACCUAAACGUGACCUUUCAGGUUCAACGCAACGCCGAAGGACUCAUCCAGGCAACGGCUCGAUUCAAAAACACGUCUGGUUCGACAUCUUUGUCCAAUGUUGGAUUGCAAGCCGCGGUUCCCAAGUCUCAGAAGUUGCAGCUGCUGCCCAUCUCCUCACCGGAACUUGGGCCUGGAGCGGAUACUACUCAGAUGAUGAGAGUAGCUGGUUGCAAGGGGCCGCUGCGACUGCGACUGCGUAUCACACUCACUCACCCUGCGGCGGGACAAGUAGUGGAUCAGGUGAACUGGGCAGAGUUAUCAUAA